ACACACAUUCAGAUUCAGGUUACUUCCAUAAACAACUUGUUGUUGUUUUUGUCUCACCUCUCACCUCUUAAGUCUUACCUGCUCACCAAUCCAACCCAACAAUAACUUCAUUUCUUCAAUUCAAUGGCAAUUCUUGAGAACAAGAAGAACGAGGAGGAAGAGCAAUUCAUUUUCAGGUCCAAGCUCCCUGACAUCUACAUCCCCAAACACCUUCCUCUCCACUCUUACUGCUUCCAAAAUCUCCCUGACUUUGCCUCACGACCCUGCCUCAUCAACGCCCCCACCGGCGACGUCUACACCUACCACGACGUCGACCUCGCCGCCCGGAGAACCGCCUCCGGCCUCCACAAACUCUGCAACAUCCAAAAAGGAGACGUCAUCAUGAUCCUCCUCCCCAACUCCCCUGAAUUCGUCUUCUCCUUCCUCGCCGCAUCUCACCUCGGCGCCAUGGCCACCGCCGCAAAUCCCUUCUUCACCGCCGCGGAAAUCGCCAAGCAAGCCAAAGCCUCCAACACCAAGCUCCUCAUCACCCAAUUUUCCUACCACGACAAGGUCAAGGAAUUGCCGGAUCACAACGUCAAGCUCGUGUUCAUCGACGACGAUCGUAACGGUAACCGCCAUAACCACCUGCAUUUCUCACAGCUGAUGGAAGCUGAGAGUGAAUUGGAAUUGGAACAGAUCGAUCCCGACGAUGUGGUGGCGCUGCCGUAUUCAUCAGGGACAACCGGUCUUCCGAAAGGGGUGAUGUUAACGCACAAAGGAUUGGUAACAAGCAUUGCACAGCAAGUAGAUGGGGAGAAUCCGAACCUGUUCUACCACUGUGAAGAUGUGAUUCUUUGUGUUCUUCCUCUGUUUCACAUUUACUCUCUGAACUCUGUUUUGCUGUGCGGGCUGAGAGCGAAGGCGGCGAUAUUGCUGAUGCCGAAAUUCGAAAUCAAUGCGUUGCUGAGUUUGGUUGAGAAACACAGGAUCACGGUGGCGCCGGUGGUGCCGCCGAUUGUUCUGGCGAUUGCGAAGUCGCCGGAGCUGAAUAAACAUGACUUGUCUUCAAUUAGGAUAUUGAAAUCCGGUGGAGCACCGCUGGGUAAAGAAGUCGAACAAGCUCUCACCGCCAAAUUCCCCAACGCCAAAUUCGGUCAGGGAUAUGGAAUGACAGAGGCAGGGCCAGUGUUAACAAUGUGCUUAGCAUUUGCUAAGGAACCAAUUGAUGUAAAACCAGGUGCAUGCGGAACCGUUGUAAGGAAUGCAGAGAUGAAGAUUGUGGAUCCUGAAACUGGCAAUUAUUUAUCUCGAAACCAGUCUGGUGAAAUUUGCAUAAGAGGUGACCAGAUCAUGAAAGGUUAUCUAAAUGAUCCAGAGGCUACGGAGAGAACGAUAGACAAAGGGGGUUGGUUACAUACAGGUGACAUUGGUUAUAUUGACGAUGAUGAUGAGUUGUUCAUCGUUGAUAGGUUGAAGGAAUUGAUCAAAUACAAAGGAUUUCAGGUUGCUCCAGCUGAACUUGAAGCCCUUCUUCUUUCUCAUCCCAAAAUCUCUGAUGUUGCUGUUGUCCCGAUGAAGGAUGAAGCAGCUGGAGAGGUACCAGUUGCAUUUGUUGUGAGAUCAAAUGGUCACACCGACAUAAACGAGGAUGAAAUUAAGCAGUUUAUCUCCAAACAGGUGGUAUUUUACAAAAGAAUAAACAGAGUAUUCUUCAUUGAUGCAAUUCCCAAGUCACCAUCAGGCAAAAUCUUGCGUAAGAAUCUGAGAUCAAAGUUAGUAGCUGGUGUUCCAAUUUGAAAUCCUCUAUUUAAUAUCGAUCCAUGUUACAUGAUGUUUAUCAUUAUCAUGCGAAGCUUGCACCAACUUCAACAUACUACAAUGGGAGAUGCUUGGAGCUUGAUCUCUUUAAUUCUCCUAUAUUCUUACAUAGUUUAUCAUGUAUAAUUCACAAGUGUGUUUUUCUUAUUUUGUUUUAGGACAAUAUUUUGUAAAAAAUUGAUUAAAUAAACAAAUUUCAUAUUCUAUAUUGAAA